GGAAAACACAGCUGCACGUGAUACACGACAAAACAUCCAGUGUACGGACUAUACCGGCAUUUUACGGAUGCCAUCCGGUUGCGCAAAAUACAGCCGCGGUACAAACCGGAAAUGGUCACUUCGGACGCGCAAACGGGAAAUGAGGCUUACGGAUUAUCAACUUCCAUAACUGUCCUAUUAAUCUAAAAAUAAGUUUGUUCGGUGAUCAUAUUAUAAAAAGCGACCUCGGCGGAGAACUGCAAAUUUUCAGUUCAUUUUGAUUUUUUUGGCGGUUCCGAUCGAGUCACUAGCUUUCUUCAAUACAAAAUGUCUCCUUUUUCAGUAUGUUUGUUUGCGAUAAUGGUUGGGCAUGCGUUGUGCACAUCCUUUCCCAAAUGUACCUUCCUCUUUGAAGGCGGCACGUGUGACUGUUCCGGUCGACCGCAGAACAUGAUGGACUGGAAUCUCCUGCUAAAGAACACUUUUCCCAACACUACCAUGAUUAAUUUUGACAGCACCGGACUGACGCAUCUGCCGGAUUCCAAGGGCAUCGCACUGGCAUUUCCAAAAUUAGAAACGAUCAUUGUGGAUUACAAAAUGGAUUGCUUAUACUUGCGCUUAUGGAUCAAGGAAUUCCAGUGUAAUCCCAAGCGGACCAUCAGCAUCGUAUCGCAGUACUGCUCCGACCUGACCACCAAUCCCAUCUGCCCGGCGCCGGCAGCAGCCGUCCCAGACCCCAGUCCGAAAGAUAUCCUACCCACUACCACUGAUAACGGCAAGUGCAAGAAGCCACCGUGUAAAGAAGAUAAGCCACACACCAUUGACCUUUCCAAGUCGCUUCUCACGGUGCCCGUGCGUAACUUCCAGACCCGCAUCUUCAAGGAUACCGCUGACGAUAAGAGCGAUCAGUACUAUCACACCACUGCUUGCACCCUCUACCCAAACUCCUCCCAGAUCUUGCUCAACAACGACACCCACGAGCACUUUGUCCUCAUCGUCCUGCGCUUAUGGGACACCGAUUACCUACAAACCGUGCAACGGCUGCUGUCCGAAAAACUCCAGCAGAACAUCACCAACAUCCAGCUUAUUCCGUUUCACAGUCUACGGGUGUUCUUUGUGGACAAUCCCUACUCGUUCCAAGUGAUGGACCAAUGGGUGACGAUCAUCGAUAAACCAGCGGAAAUUUUAAUUCAGCUGAUAUGUAAUAGUGUCAGUCAUUGUCAGUAUAUAAAGUCCUUCGUCUACGCACAUCCGGUAUAUUUCGCAUCGACCCUGGGUGUGACCUUUUCCUUAAGUAAACCCUCCCGGACGAAAACGACGGUGAGCGUCCUACGGGAACACCUCUGGACGUCGCGUCUGUACGAAACCGUAGUGCAGCGUCACGGCCACGCCUCCAAAGUGUGCAUGCAGGAACAGGACAUCCGGCAGAUCCUCCACGAAGCCCUCCAGAACGCUCUGGACGCCACGCUCCCCGACGACGAAUUCGUCAGUGAAGACCAGAUGUUCGCGUUGGUCGGAGACCUCUUCCGCAGCCUCCGCCCCAAAGUAACCAACACCCGGAAUUUCAACGAGGAAGCCUGGAAGGGCGUCUUCUGGAAGGACGAGCACAACCGGCCGGAUGAGAAAUUCCAGUCUAUGCUCAGCGCGCUGGGACCGCAGAGUAAACUGGGACAGGCGCUGAAGAACAUGUUCCGCCACGGAACCGAUUUCACCGGACUGGAUACACUGAAAAUCACCACGGAUACACAGUCACAGAUGGACCUGAACUCGGUGGUCUUCCAGAUGAAGGAGACGCCCAGUGGGCUGCUGAACUGGAAUGGCCAUGCGUUCGUGACGAAGCCGGUGACGCUGUACUGUCUGAAUCUGACGGUGUGGCAGAAUCAGACGGUGGUGGGGAACGUGACGGUGGUCAGUCGGCCUAAGUACGGGGAUCUGUCGGGCACGGUGAAUGUGCUGCCCAUGGUGUAUAAGCCGGAGGAGGGUAAGCAUGAUGCGUAUAAGGUGAAGAAAGAGAAAGACCACGAUGCCGGUCAGUCGGGUAGUAAUCCGGUGCCGUCGUUGGCACCCUGGAGUCGGUAUUCAUGAGUGUCCAUAGACUGUUUUAAUUUUGCGUAGUUAAUGUAUGUUCCUGUGCAUUUUGGCUGACCGAAAGUUGUUAGUCAUAAGGUUUUCAGUGUGAAUAAUUUCAACCUUGAUCUUUGCGCUUGCACUUUUUGGGUCUGUAAAUCUUUUUUUACUGUUGUAUUUUGCAUUAAAAAUGUGAUGUGUUUAGUUGA